AUGGCUUUGGCCUGUGCAGGCAGCGCCUUUGUGGCGCCAAGUGGACAGUUUUCCUCCGCGCGGGGCGCCACCUACGAGGCGGCAACCCCGGCGGGCAGAAGUGCAGGGAGCAGAAGCUCCGCGGCCCCAGUUGCCGUUGGCGUGGCCAUGGCAUUGAUUCUGGGAAAGCGACGGGUUUCUAGGCCGCGAAUCGCUGCUCGUUCCGAUCCCAAACCCAGGAACAAGCUCACCGCAGAGAUGGAGGGGGUCGGGAUCCACAAGAACGAGGGCAAGAAGAGUGCCAAGGUGGAGAAGAAGGAAGACAAGGAAGACAAGAAGGAGGAGAAGAAGGAUAAGCCCGCUGAAGAGGCCAAGGCUGAGAAGAAGGAAGAGAAGAAGCCGGAAAAGAAGGAGGACAAGCCAGAGGCCAAGGCCGAGAAGAAGGAAGAAAAGAAGGAGGAGAAGAAGGAGGAGAAGCCUGCUGACGAGGCCAAGGCUGAGAAGAAGGAAGAGAAGAAGCCGGACAAGAAGGAGGACAAGCCAGAGGCCAAGGCCGAGAAGAAGGAAGAUAAGAAGGAGGAAAAGAAGGAGGAGAAGCCUGCUGACGAGGCCAAGGCUGAGAAGAAGGAAGAGAAGAAGGAGGACAAGCCGGAGGCCAAGGGCGAGAAGAAGGAAGAAAAGAAGGAGGAGAAGAAGGAGGAGAAGCCUGCUGACGAGGCCAAGGCUGAGAAGAAGGAAGAGAAGAAGCCGGACAAGAAGGAGGACAAGCCAGAGGCCAAGGCCGAGAAGACUGAAGACAAGAAGGAGGAAAAGAAGGAGGAGAAGCCUGCUGAAGAGGCCAAGGCCGAGAAGAAGGAAGAGAAGAAGGAGGACAAGCCAGAGGCCAAGGCCGAGAAGAAGGAAGAGAAGAAAGAGGAAAAGAAGGAGGAAAAACCGGCUGAAGAGGCUAAGGCUGAGAAGAAGGAAGAGAAGAAGCCGGACAAGAAGGAGGACAAGCCAGAGGCCAAGGCCGAGAAGAAGGAGGAGAAGAAGGAGGAGAAGAAGGAGGAGAAGAAGGAGGAGAAGAAGGAGGAGAAGAAGGAGGAGAAGAAGGAGGAGAAGCCUGCUGACGAGGCCAAGGCUGAGAAGAAGGAAGAGAAGAAGCCGGACAAGAAGAAGGACAAGCCAGAGGCCAAGGCUGAGAAGGAAAAGGUCACGCCCGCGCCCGCCAAGGCGGAAACGGAGGAUGAGUCUGGGCAGAAGCUCAGCAGGCACGUGGCCAACAUCGCCAGCCAGGAUGGCGGGGAGUCGGCCCUGCGCGGCAUCCGCGAGUUCUUCGGCAGCCGAGAGGCGGAGCUGGAGAAGGCUUUGGAGGCCCAGAAGAAGAGGCAAGAGAAGAUUGUGGCCGAGAUGGAGAAGCAAACCGAAGAGAUCCAACAGAAAAUGGAGGCCCAGUUGAAGGCGGAAGCCCGUCAGGGCGAGGAGCUCCGAGAAAGGAUCGAGGCCCUGCAGGAGACCUACACGAACGUCAGCGACCAGCUGGAGAUGUCCCAGAUCUCCAACGAGAAGCUGCAGGUGGACCGGGACAACCUCCGGAACGAUGUGCAGCGCCUUGAGGAGCUGCUGAGGGAAGAGCAGGAGCGCAACGAGCAGCAGAUGAAGGAGGCAGAGGAGGAGGCCAAGAAGAAGGAGGAAGAGCUGCAGAAGCUGGAGGAGAAGAAGCAGGAGCUGGCCGUCACCGUGAGGGAGUUGGACAAGCAGAUGCAGGCAGAGCGCGAGGCAUCGAAGAAGAAGGAGUCGAAGCUCAAAACCGAGCUGACCGGCGUUCAAGAAGCGCUCACCUCCUCUAGGGCGGAGACGGGCGAGGUGCUCACCAAUCUCAAGGAGUCGCGCAAGGAGAAUGCUGCACUCAAGGAGAAGGUAAGCAAAGUGGAGGAGAACCUGGCCGACUCCCAGAAGAAGCAGGAGGAGCUCAACAAGAAGCUGAGGGAGGUGAUGGCGGAAGGCGACCGCCUGAAGAAGGAGACCGAGCUGCUGAAGCAGGCCGCCGAGGUGGCUGCAGGACGUGAGAGGAACUACAAGAACAUGAUGGAGAAGUUUGCUCAGAAGAGCAAGGACCUGGAGAAGGGCAUGACGCAGCUGGAGACGGAGAACAAGCAGCUCCUGGACCGCAUCGGCCAGCUGGAGGUCGUGGCGGAGAAUGAGAAGAAGCUGUCGCAGCAGCUGGAGGUGUCCACCUCGGAGAACGACCAGCUGGCGCGGGAGCUGCAGGAGCUCGAGGCCUCCCUGCAGAGCAAGGACUCGCACAUCGGCAAGCUGUCCAGCGACUUGAAGGAAGUCCACCAAGAGAAGAAGCUCAUCAAGCAGAAGUCGAAGGAGUUCCAGGCGAAGGCCGAGAAGAAGUUCCAGUUGGAUGAGCAAAAGAUCUGGGAGACCACUGAGAAGGUGGUGCAGGCCAAGGCCGAGACCAAGUACGCGCUCAAGGAGGCGGAGAAGGCCAAGCAGGACGCGGCCGAGGAGAGGAAGCGCCUCACCAAGGAGGCGGAAGACCUACGCCGCGCCGCCGACGCCAAGGUCCAGACAGAGGCGCAGAGGGCAGCUCAAGCUCACGCCCGAGCGGACCAGGCGGACGCGGAGCGGCAGAAGGCGCUGCAGGAGGCCGACGCGGCCAAGAAGAAGGCGGAGGCCGAGAAGGUUGCCGCCAUUAACAAGGCAGAGGAGGCUCGAAAGGCUGCCGAAGAGCAGGCGGCCAAGGAAGCCCAGGAGGCCUCGAAGGCCAAGAAGGCCGCGGAGAGCGCCCACACGGAGAAGAGCAACGCCCUCUCCGAGGCCGCCGCCAUCAAGAAGGCAGCAGAAGAGGCGAAGGAGAAAGCCAUGAAGGCCGCUGAUGAGGCCGUUAAGAAGGCAGACCAGAAGGUGGCGGAGGAGAACGCCAAGGCGAAGCAAGCUCAUGAGGUCAUGGAAGCUGCAGAGGUGGCCAAGGCCAAGGCCCUGGAGGAGGCACUCUCGGCGCGGAAGGCGGCGGAGGAGGCCAAGGUGGCGGAGCACCAGGCACUCUCCGAGAUGAGGGAGCUGACGCAGAAGCAGGCCAUGGACCUGGCGGCCAAGGCCGAAGCCGCCAAGAAGGCGGUGGAGGAAGCGCAGGCUGCCCAGCAGAAGCUGGUAGAGCAGGCGGCGGCGGCGCGGAAGGCCGCCGCGGAGAAGGACCAGCUGGCCUCGGAGUUGAAGACACCGAGCGCAGCAAGAUGACAGGGCUGACUGACGUGCAGGCCAUUUUCCUGAGAUCUGGAAAGAUCCUGAGUCCGUGGCCUCCAUUUUUCCCAAUGUAAGGGGCAACGGCUCGGCCAUUUGGCUUUGGCACGCGGUCUUGUUGGGCCAACGAUCAAGCGCCUGCGCUGGGUGCAGAGUCAGAGGUUCAGGCGGUUCAGGCGUAUGUUUUCAGGUGAUUAGAUGGCACGUAUUCGCGCGGUCAACAGAACCGGCUGCCUGUCGGCAGCAUGCGAUUUUAGAGUAGCAGAGAGACACCCAAGAGUCUAGAGAAGCCUCGCAUACCGACACC